CCGCGGGAGGGAGGCGCUGCCGGCGGCCCUGCCGUUCCCGCUGGAGCUCCUCGUCUUGCCCUGCCCGCGGGGCCCCGGCCGCUCUCGUCCCGGCAGCCGCCCGGGCCGCGGCUGGUGACCACUCGUCGCGCCGCCGGAGGCUUCACCCGCGCCCUCCCCCAGGACGCUCCCGCGGAGCUCUGGGCUCUUCGCCCCGCUCGCGGAGGCAGCGCUGCGUGCCGGGCGACGGCGAGUCCGGAAGAUGGCUUGGGUGCUCAAGAUGGACGAGGUGAUCGAGUCCGGGCUGGUGCACGACUUCGAUGCCAGCCUUUCGGGCAUCGGGCAGGAGCUGGGCGCCGGCGCCUACAGCAUGAGUGAUGUCUUGGCAUUGCCCAUUUUCAAGCAGGAAGAUUCCAGCCUUCCAUUGGAUGAUGAAACUAAAAACCCGCCCUUUCAGUAUGUGAUGUGUGCCGCAACAUCUCCAGCAGUAAAACUGCAUGACGAAACGCUCACUUACCUGAACCAAGGUCAGUCUUAUGAAAUUCGGAUGCUGGAUAAUCGGAAAAUGGGAGAUAUGCCUGAAAUCACUGGAAAAUUGGUAAAGAGCAUCAUAAGAGUUGUAUUCCAUGAUAGACGACUACAGUAUACAGAGCAUCAGCAACUUGAAGGUUGGAAGUGGAAUCGCCCAGGAGACAGACUUCUUGAUUUAGAUAUUCCAAUGUCCGUGGGAAUAAUUGACACAAGGACAAAUCCAAGCCAGUUAAAUGCGGUUGAAUUUCUGUGGGACCCUGCAAAACGCACAUCUGCCUUCAUCCAGGUACACUGCAUCAGCACAGAAUUUACUCCACGGAAGCACGGAGGUGAAAAGGGAGUGCCUUUUAGGAUCCAGGUUGACACCUUUAAGCAGAAUGAAAAUGGAGAAUACACAGAUCAUCUACACUCAGCUAGCUGCCAAAUCAAAGUUUUUAAGCCUAAAGGGGCAGACCGGAAACAAAAAACUGAUCGAGAGAAGAUGGAGAAGAGAACUGCUCACGAAAAAGAAAAGUAUCAGCCCUCCUAUGACACCACAAUCCUCACCGAGAUGAGGCUUGAGCCUAUAAUUGAAGAUGCAGUUGAACAUGAGCAGAAAAAGUCCAGCAAGCGGACUUUGCCAGCAGACUACGGUGAUUCUCUGGCAAAGCGAGGCAGUUGUUCUCCAUGGCCCGAUACCCCCACAGCCUAUGUGAAUAACAGCCCCUCCACCGCGCCCACUUUCACGUCCCCGCAGCAGAGCACUUGCAGUGUCCCCGACAGCAAUUCUUCUUCCCCAAAUCAUCAGGGAGAUGGAGUUUCACAGACCUCUAGCGAACAACUUCAGCCUUCAGCCACGACCCAGGAAACACAGCAGUGGCUGCUCAAAAACAGGUUUUCUUCCUACACGAGACUGUUUUCCAAUUUUUCAGGUGCCGACUUAUUAAAACUGACAAAGGAAGAUUUAGUACAAAUUUGUGGUGCAGCCGAUGGAAUUCGGCUCUAUAAUUCACUGAAGUCAAGGUCGGUUAGGCCCCGCCUAACCAUCUAUGUCUGCCAGGAGCAGCCGGGCAGCUCAGUGCUGCAGGGGCAGCAGCCGGCUGUGGGCCGCGGAGCCGAGAAUGGCAGCGGGACCCCCUACGUUUAUCAUGCAAUCUACUUGGAAGAAAUGGUUGCUUCAGAAGUUGCUCGAAAACUUGCGUUGGUGUUUAAUAUUCCUUUCCACCAAAUUAACCAGGUUUACAGACAGGGUCCCACUGGUAUUCACAUUCUUGUUAGCGAUCAGAUGGUUCAGAACUUUCAAGAUGAGAGUUGUUUUUUAUUCUCCACAGUAAAAGUUGAAAAUAGUGGUGGUAUCCACAUAAUUUUGAAGUGAUGUCUUACGUAGUCUGAACUAUAUUCAGUACCAAAUAAAGUCACGCUUAAAAGUGUGUGAAGACUGAAUCCAAGAAGUCUUGGGAUUGGAUUUUACUGUAUGAAAUGUUUCAUAUUGAAAACACAAGAUGACCUUUCUAAUGAGCUGUAUGAGAGGCGACUCUCCUCACUGUCACUGCCACAGCCAAGCAUCCUCGUGAGAGUGAGCACGUCGGGACAGCACGCCUGUUCUCGGGGCCGCGGGGCAGGCCGCCUGCCCGCUUCUCUGGCGGAGGCCAGGAGAUAGAGUUCCUAGAAGCAGCCUUUGCUGUCUUUUUACACUGUAUGCGGUUUGGAAAUGAAUGUAAAAACGUACUGUGGGCAUUUACCUUUCUGUGCCAGUUGGGCCUUUACUGCCUGAACCUUCUGCUGAGCUGGGGCUGGGGGACAGUGCUGUUGUGGAGCCAGCAUGGGAUCUGUGUGCAGAGAGAUGCCAUGUGCUGACACGGGGACUGUGGUCAGGUAAGAGGCUCGGCACCUUCUCAGAAGAAAUCAUGUCUAACUAAGGGUGUGCGUCUCACGUAAUCAUGCCAGGUGGGGAGGAGCCAAGCAGGAGGGCUGGAAGCAAGCUGCAUUACCCAGAGUACCUUGGCGAGAGGAUCAGUGUAAAUCCUAAUAGGUACAAAGACUUCUCUGUUUUUGCUUUGUCACAGAUUUAUUGAAAAACUUUUUGCUUCUGCUUUCAUUUUUAGCAUUUGGUUUCUGGUUUUCAUUUUUGAAGUCCCUUGCCUUUUAAACUUAAGUGGUUUCCUUUCUCUUUUUCCUCCAUCCCUCUGUCUUCAGUUGCCCAUCCCAACUCAGGCUACACCAUCCCCUUCUUAAACAUUCUUAAAGCCCUACCCCAGCAUUGGAAGUAGGUGACCUUAAGCAGGAGAAAGAGUAUAGUUUCUGACCUAGUGUUAAGGGGUUUUCGUUAUCCACAAGUUGAAAUUAUUCUUGGAACACUAGACAUCAUAAAUCAAACACUAUAUUGUACCAUGAAAAUUCCUUAAACUUCUCAAAUAUUGAGCUUUAGUACAAUCAUGAGUAGAUGUUCUGGUGAUUAUUUAGAGGCUUUUUUAUACACCACAUAAUAGUUUCUUUUUCUGUAAAAAGGAUGCCUCUAUCAUAAAACCAAAUGCUUAUCUCAGUAUACUCUUCAAAGGGAACCCACUGUUUUCACAAUUUUUCCUGCUAUCUUUAUCUCUUCCCGUCCCCGAAAGCCUUUCCCAAAAUUCAUCAAGCAAGCAUUUUUGAGGCCUGUAGUGUGUAGCACAUCCAAUUUGUUUUUAAACUUAAAUUCCAUUUUAAUUAUAGCAACUCUGUCCACUUACCUAGGUGUCUUGGUUUUGAAUGUCCUAUUUGAUCCUCAUCUUUGUUCAGGCAGAAAUAGGAAUGAGUCAGAUUGAAUUUCAAAUCUUUCCCAUAAAGGAGGUUGUCUGAUUCCAAGCGGCACUGUUUCUAAGUAUCGCCAUCUUCAGUGUGACCCUUACAGACCCUAAAGCAGCAGGGCCUUCCCUUCUGUCAUUCUCCCUCUUGCUUUUGUAUGACCACGUUUUCUGUACCAGUCACUUGGGAGAGAAGUGAGCUUCUGUUGUUUUAGUUUUGCUUGUCUACUUAGCAUUUCUUUUUGAGUCUCACAGUUUAUGGAACAGUAAGUGUCAUUUAAUGCUGUGUGCUAUAUUGAACUCUUCAUCAUGGUUUAGAAGUGGGGUAAAAAUAAUUAAGAACUCAUCAAACUUGAAAUUACACCAAGUGGUGUUGAGCAUUAGUCUGUCCAAGUGAAAAAAUGAUGGCACCAGCAAAUUUGCUACUUUGUUUUUUUAAUAGUAGGAUGUAUACAUCUCAGUAUAAUAAAUGUUUUCCGACUGUUUUGCAAAAUGUGUGUCUCAUUUAAAAUCCUAGUUCCUGCCAGAGUCACAAAUCAACAGAAUUGAGAGACUCCUUGUGUAUGUUCUGGGUUCCUACCAGUCCGAGUGUUUUAGAAGAGGCGAGGCCUGUGUUCUUUCUUUUCUGAUUGCUUUCUCAAAGUUGAUGCUAAUCUGUUAUUCCAUAACUUCCACACCUGAAGCAGAAGCAAACCUGAUUCUUACCAGAGGUUCUCCUAUUGUGUAAGUGAGGUCACUAAGCACUGAGUACAGUAGCUGUGAUAGGUUGUAUCCUAGCUCAAAGGAGGUAAUGUACAGAAGGCCCUGGGCAUUUACAUAAAAUAGAAACGAUCAUUCAUAAUCACUGAAGCACGUCUGUGUUAUGUUUUGUUUAUUUAAAUAGCGUCCUGCAUCAGUCCCCCUCACAGUGGUGCAAAAGUAUAUUUAAAUAACUGCAAAAAUUUUAGACCAGUGAAGACCAGAGUAUACCAAGCAAUAAAAUCAUCAGGACUUUAAUGCUUAUUCUGGUGGUCCCGUUGAGUUAAUUUAUGGGGUUGUGCAUUUAUGUAUAUGCCCUCCCUAGAUUGCAGUUGCGGCAUUGUAUCUUAAAUGCUUCUAAAACUGUCUAACAGAAGUAUGGCUAGUCAUGGGAAAAAAUAACACCUUGUUUUUGCUGUUUCGCCUCAGCUCCCAAGCUCUGGACUCCUCAGUCCAGGCUGUGGUUGCUAGGAAGGAUCAGCUACUGUUAACACACAUUCGCCGUGAAGGUGGCACUGGGUUCCUAAUCUUAGUAAAGAUGACAACUGUGGACAGCACAGGCAGGAACUAGGUCAUCUUACCAGGUUUUAGAUAACAUUAGGAAGGUCUUGAAUUUGGGAAAUGGUUUUGCUCAGAUUGAUCUGCCACAGGUUAUAGCAAUAAAACCUUCUGACUUAAGCAUUGCGAUGGUUUAUUCAUUUUUAUAUUUUGAGUCUCAAAGGUGCCAACACUUCACUGAUCUGAGUUUUAAGUGUGUACGACUUCUGAACAGUUUGGUGUAACUUGAUUUCUAAGAUUUUAAAAUAAACUUGGAAAAAAAUCACACCCAUUCUA